AUGAAUGAGGUACGCUUGGGCGGAGACGCGAUCAACCUCUCAUAUUAUCUCCUCUUCUCGUCGGCUUUUCAGAAGUCUUUGGAUGGGGACGAUUUGUACAUCUCUCGGGGCAUGGACAGUUUCGACGAAGAAAGUGCCUUUCCCGUCUUCUUCAAACACAGCACCUGCUAUGACAUCAUGCCAAAGAGCGCCAAACUGUUGAUUCUGGAUUCCACCUUACCGAUUCGAAAAGCUAUCCAAAGUCUGACCGACCAUGUUCUAGACGCAGCGCCUGUCUGGUCCAGCCGGCUUCAAACCUACACUCACCUGCUCACCCAGGAUCUCUGCCUUCGCCUUCUGGCUCAAGUCUUCCCAAAUGAGAAGUCAGACUCAACAGACGGUGCCCCGCCGUCAGAACGCAACCCUGGAGCCGAUAUGAGCUAUUGGGAAGGCAAAACCCUAGGCAGCGUUUUGACGGAGGUUCAGCAACAGGUAGUAGUACCACCGCCGCGACACGUGAUAAUCGCGGAUCUGGCUGGAUCGGGGAAUUUGCUGGGAAUUCUCACUUCUGAUCGUCUGCUUGCCUACCUGCGGGUACGCAUGCGCAGUCUGCCAAACCCCUCGCUUCUCAGGGUAAGUGAUUUGAGUUUCGCUGUGGGACUUAUACAUUAA